AUGGCUGACGAGGCUUUCUGUCCUCUGACCAGAGGCGACAGAGACAAGCCGCGCCAAAUCGGUUUCAUCGCCAAGCGGCCGGUGCCAAUCGCCGUCCCCCAGAUUCAUGCCAAGCGACCGGCAGCGACGGAUAGGCACGUCCGGCAAAACGAAGAGGCCCUGGAAUGCGGUUCUGCCUCAAUUGUCAUCCUCUCUCUUUUCCACCACCCACCCCUACAAGGUAUCGAGAAGAUGGAACCGCUCGCCGCCGACGCUGUCUCGCUCUCCACUCUUGGCACCCGACGGACCAGGGCCGGCGUGCUUAGCUCAGACCCCGCCGUUUGGGCCCGUGCUCUUCCGGCAGACGAGGGGAACAGCAACGACGACGACGAUGACGAUGACGGCAGUUUCCACUCGACGCCGCCACUCCCGCCCGUGCCACGGACCAAGCAGGCUGCCGUGUUGGCGGCCGCCUUUGUGGCCAUCUCGCUCACCAUUGGCUACAACCAGAGCUACGGCGUGUUCCAGGAGUACUACCUCUCGGAGAAGCAGGACAUUCUGCUCGCCGACUCCUCCCCGCAGACGGCCCUGUUGGCCUUUGUCGGCACGCUUGGCGCCGGACUCACCUGGGCCGGCAGCAUCUUUGUCAACCCGCUGCUUUCACGUAUCGAUCACGACGCCUAUGUCCGCCAGCAGCAGGGGACGGGCUCGCAGACCAGCCGACAGUCCUUGUCAUCUCGACUGGUCACCGUCGUCGGAGUCGGCUUGAUGGCAGGCGGGUUUCUGCUAGCCAGCUUUGUAUCGCGUGUGUGGCAGCUGCUGCUGACCCAAGGACUGUUGUAUGGCAUUGGCAGCUCCAUGCUCUACUUUCCGCUGCUCGGACCAGCUCCCGAGUAUUUUAGCCAGCACCGUGGCACUGCCAUGGGUCUGAUGCUUGCGGGCGGCGGCAUGGGCAGCAUCAUCCUGAGCCCGGUUCUGCGGGUCCUGCUAUCGGGGGUGGGAGGCCGCUGGACACUGCGCAUCGUCGCGGCAGCUUAUCUGGUGGUGGGUAUGCCGGUUGCCUGGUCGGUGCCACGCUCACGCUUUCCGGUGGUGGCGACGGCCGACGGCAACGGACAGCAGCGAGCUCUGCGGCGACGGACUCACGUUUCGGCCACGCUUCUGGCUACACCGACGUUUCUGCUGUCGGCUGCGACCGCCCUCUGCCAGUCGGCCGGUGCACAGCUGCCGCUGACCUUCAUUCCCAGUUACAGCGUGGCCCUGGGGCUGACGGCCGGCACCGGCGCCACGCUGCUGUCGGUGGCCAACAUGAUCAAUGCUGUCGCUCGUGUGGCUACAGGCUAUGCGGGCGAUCGGUUCGGCCGUCUCAACGUGCUGGCCGCCAGCCUGUCGGGCUCGGCUGUGGCCGUGGGCGCGCUCUGGGGGAUGAGCGUGCGGUCAUCGGCAUCGGCAGAGCAGGAACAGGCCUCGCAGCUCUGGAUCGCCUUUAUCGUGCUGUACUCUGUGGCCGCUGGUGGCUACUACGCCCUGUUCCCGGCUACGAUUGCUGACGUCUUUGGCAUCCGCAGCUACGCGUCCGUCAACGGGUUCAUCUACUUUGUUCGUGGCUGCGGCACGAUGGUGGGCAGCCCUAUUGGGGGUGUUCUGCUGGGCAGCGGCAGCAAGGACUACGCCGACAUGGUCGCGUGGGAUGGCGCUUUGCUGGUCAGCUCGGCCCUGUUCAUGGGCGGGGUGCGCUGGGCAGACGCAGUGCGCCGGGGUUGGGCCUGGAGGGCGUGA